CUAGCCCUAACCCCAGGGAAAUGCAAGCGCUCUUCUGUCUCUGACCAUCAUCUUCGCGUUCGCAGCUGCCAAUGCUUCGGCAUAGGCUCGCGACUGUCAAGCUCUGGAUGCACAUAUCUGAUUUCACUUCCUUUGACCUGGAGAAAGUCUGAUAUAUGAACCUUGCAUUUGUUACCACAGGGCCGGGACUCUUAAGGGGUUUCACUCGGAAUGACUAUAUGACCGACUGAAAACGAUCUGCUGACGGCCCUCCUGAGGUCCGCUCAGGUCUCUCACAGAUUGCCAUUCUGGAUGACUUAUCAAUGUUCUAUUGAUAUGCUCCUGACUAUUUAUUCAGAUCCAGUUGUCGUUACUUGCGUGCCUUCAUCACCCCCAGGAGUGAGGGCGACCUUGUGAAUUCAUUCCUAACCACUUACAGAUUUGUGUCAAUAUGGACGCUCAAUUCACACAUAACAAGGUUAUUUGGAGGCCUAGGGAUCCAUCCCGUUCUCGCAUGGACUGCUUCAGACGUGUGAUUAAUCGCACACGAGGUCUACAACUCAAGGAUUUUCAUGAUCUACACAAGUAUUCAGUUGACGAUUACCGCUUCUGGGAGGAUCUUUGGGCAUAUACAGGCAUCGUAUAUACCGUACCUCCUACGAAGAUCAUCACAGAGGGUCGCAUAAGGGAGGUGCCCGAAUGGUUCUCCGGUGCACGUUUGAACUAUGCUGAGAACAUGCUCCGUUCUGAUGGCGACUCCAUUGCUUGUACUUGUGUCCGCGAGACUGGACAAAUUGUGCAUUAUACCUUCCGACAGUUGAAGUCAUUGGUACGCGAAAUGGCAGCCGCUCUCAGAGUGAAUGGCCUGCAAGCCGGAGACAGAGUCGCUGCGGUCGUGACCAACUCAGUAACUGCAGUCGUAGUGGCCUUUGCCACCGCUAGUAUAGGUGGUAUAUUCUCGAGUACCGCUCCGGAUAUGGGUGUACAAGGCAUUUUGGACAGAUACAAGCAGAUCCAGCCGAAGUUUGUCUUUGCCGAGACUGAAAUCGUCUAUGCCGGAAAGACGAUAGAUGUAAUUCCUAAAGUCACCCAGGUUGCCAAAGAAUUGCUGUCUGUCGGGCUGCAGAACAUCAUUCUACUCCCCAGUACAAAGACCGGCAAAGAACCAUCGACUGCUUACGUCCCCAGAAGCAUUUCCCUGUCGGCGUUCCUCGCCAGCGGUGAUGGGCGUCCACUCACCUUCGAACAGUUACCUUUCAGCCACCCGCUGUAUAUCUUAUACUCCUCCGGUACGAGUGGUCCACCCAAGUGCAUUGUUCAUUCGGCCGGAGGUAUCCUCCUGAAUGGCCUGAAAGACUGCAGCCUCGUGUACAGUAUGACUAGUGAUGACACUUACUUCCAAUACACAACGACGGGUUGGAUGAUGUGGAAUUCCUUGGUCAACACGCUUGGUUGUGGCACCCGUAUUGUCUUGUAUGAUGGCUCCCCGUUUCAACCUGACGUUGAAACAUUCUUGAAACUCGUCAGUGACCAAGGAGUCACAAUAUUCGGAACUGGACCUCGCUUCUUGUCUGAAGUCAAAGGGCAGGGGAUUGAACCAUUGAAAUUGGCACCAUUUGAUUCCUUGCGUUGUAUUCUAUCCACUGGGGCAAUCCUCACUGCACCUAUGUUCGAAUGGACUCAGCAAGCUUGGGCGCCGGAUGUAUGGGUCCUUUCGGUUUCUGGCGGGACAGACAUAUGUCAAGCAUUCGUCGGAGGCGUCCCAAUGCUUCCAGUUCAUGCCGGCGAGAUCCAAGGGAAAUCGCUUGGCAUGAAGGUGGAGAUCUUCGAUCCGGACGGGAAGAACAUCGAAGAUACAGGCGAACCUGGUGAACUAGUCUGCACGCGUCCCCAUCCAUCUCUACCAAUAUGCUUCUGGGGCGACAAAGGUGAUAAGAAGCUCAGGGCGUCUUACUUUGAUACGUAUCCUGGUGUUUGGCGUCAAGGUGACUUUAUCGUGAAGAACCCGAAGACACAAGGGUUCGUGAUCUUGGGGCGCAGCGAUGGUGUCUUGAAUCCAAGUGGCGUGCGACUUGGUUCUGGAGAAAUCUAUUCCGUAAUGGAAUGGUUUAGCGACGUGCUCGACGAUACUUUAUGUGUUGGUCAGCGCCGUCCAGAAGAUAAAGACGAGCGAAUUCUGCUCUUCGUCAAGAUGCGUCCUGGUCAUACAUUUUCGGAGGAUUUGGCUGAGAAGAUCCGAGUUGCCAUCCGUCAAUCACUUAGUGCCAGACACGUUCCUGCCUAUAUUCUACCUAUUGAAGAUAUUCCUUAUACCGUAAAUAACAAGAAGAUCGAAAUCGCUGUCAAGCAAAUAGUGUCGGGAUCAAAUAUCAAACCAAGCGGUACCGUCGCGAACCCUCAAGCACUACAGUUAUACUACAAGUUCCGUUAUUUGGAAAAAGUCCUGGAAGAGCAUAAGAAAGAUAGCAAGACGAAAGCGAAGCUUUAGCAUUGUAGAUGAACGAACUCCGUAAAUGCAUACGAAAUAUAGCAUGAUCUCUGCAUAGAAAAAUCUGGUUUUUUGGCUCAGGCAAAAUCAAGAUCUAACUUAACCUACGAUGCCGCCGUGUUAGCAUCAGACCUCAAAGUUGUUAAAAUAAGUUGCCCACAUUUCCUGCAACUUCGUCCACUUUCUCGGCAAGUAUUUUGCUGAAAGCCAUCAAGUCAUCUAAGCAAGCAGGUCCGCAUGUGGGACAAUCGCGAACAGAUUUUGGAAUCCUCUUCCAAGCUACAGCAGUACCGAUUGGGCGCUUUGCCAGACAUUCUCCUGCUUCGGCCAUGCAGUCCACAAACCACUGCCGGGGUGAUGUUCUACCUACAGUUCCAGGGAUAACAACUGCCUUAGCUUCGCACGGUUUGCAUUGGGUAGGCCCAGGUUUGCCAUUGCGGCAUUGCCACCAGCACGCAGAAUAUUCUCUAACCCAGGUGAACUCCUUUGUAAGGGCGACCGCAGCGUUUGAACAUUGUUCAUGAUAGCGUAAAAGAUACUGUAGCAUGUCGGAAGGCAUAAAUUUGAACUCGGGAAUAUAUGCUUGGAUAAUGUCUCUUUGAAGGAGGCGUAGAGUGUAAUGAGCGG